CUGGUCGUGCUGGUGGCCCGGAGCAGCCCGGAGAGAAUAGUUUAGGCUGCCGAGGGGCACGUGUUACCCCCACGCCAGAAGCGCGAGUGGAGGGGGCGAGCCAGUCCGUCGUUUCAGGAGUAAAGCCAAGGCUCAGUAAUAUCGCGGAGCGCAACUUGUUGGCGUCUUUGGGUUUUCUCUCUUAGAAAAUAGUGAGCAAGAGAGAAUCGAAGAAGCAGAAGUGCGAGAAAGAGCAACAAACUAGAUAAAGACAAGUAAAAGACGGGAAAAAAGUGUGAUCGGGCAUUGUUAGCCUUGUUUGUCGUGGCUGUACGUUCACGUGUGAAUGUUUCUCUGCUUCUCGGAUGGUCUAGUGCGGCAGGAGUGUGUCGAGUAUAGUAAAGGUGCAUCGAAGCGUACCCAACGAGCGAUAGCUAAGUUUCACUGUGUUUGGAACAGCAAUUCAGACGUGUAUCGCAAUCAAACGCAAUGAGGAGAAUCGCGAGAGAGCGAGGGAAUAAAAUAUUUGGAUUCCGGGUUAAACGGUAAGCGUUGUCCCAGUGAGAAGUAAACAGGAGGUGGGGACUCUCUCUCUCUCGCGUCUCGCCCACCGGUGACAGACCAACAGACCAACAGACCAACAGAGCAACAGAGCGUCGUGCGCGAACCGUGUCGUCGUGGCCAGGCUUAUCAUUCGAAGAGGAGGUGAGCGUCUCAACGUCGCGUCACACGUGAAUCAUUCUAGAGGUAUCCGCUCGGAGAUUCCCAGCGUGACAACCAGUGACGACGGCAUUGUCUCCAGGUAUUUUUCUGAGUGUCCUACUAAGAACGUUUUAUGUGAUUGACGACCGUAACGCGAGUGCUAACACGUCGUGGGAGGUGCUGACGCAAGCUCGACGGUUUUCGUGCUUGCCUGUGAUUUCGUGUUUUGUUGGUGCUUUGGAGUGCUGUGUAUCCGUGUCCCUGCGUGUUCCUACGCGUUUAAGUGCCUGCGCUCAGAGGUGGAUACGUGUGUCGUCUCUCCGACGAUCAAGUGUGAGUUCUCGUCAUUUUACGAAGAAGAGUAAUCCCGGAAGCCGCUAUAUUGGAGAGAAAGCGGGAAAGCGGCGUGCCGCUGUUCUGUGUGCCGCGGCAAAGACGCUCGUCUCAAUCUGAAAAGGAUGACGAGAUGAUCGCGAGCCUUCCGGUGAACGGCGGGGGAGGAGGCGGCGGUGGAGGCGGCGGCAGCGUCGGUGCCGGCGGAGGUGGGAUAGGACCGAUAAGCCGUGUUGGGCGAGGAGUCACUCUGCACAGAUCCAACUCCAGCCUAGAGUUACCUCACAGUCCUGACCCUUCGUCCCGGGUGCCUGACACUCCUCUCCGUCGGGAGUAUGGCUCCCACGGGAGCAUCGACGUAGUCGCCCAAUCCGUGUCAGUCGGCGAGAACUUUUUCGCCAUGUUCCAAGACUUCCGUCCGGUCGAGAAUCGUUCUGGUCCUGUGCCCGGGGACUUCCUGAGACGCGUCCAGGACGGUCAAGCGGCUUCGGACGUGAGCGAGGUCUGUGGGGUGGGUCCUACUGGAUCCAGUCCGAAACUCCGGCUGAAGCUCAAUCGUCUCUGGGGCGGGAAGCCCCCUCGGGGCGCCGAAGAGUCUUGCUCGAGUCCGGUCGUUUCUGCCGACGUGGAGGAAAGACACAGGAGAAGAGCCUUCGCUCACUACGACUGCCAGUCUCUUACUGCCAACCUGGGCUACGCCGCGAAACUCCGUGGAAUUUUGCUGGCUAGAAGAAGGAACACGGCUACAGGAGCAUCGGCAGCGAGUUCCCUCAGAGCAUCCACUCCCGACGAGGCACCGGAAGAGGAUGCUGGCGACGGGAAGGGAAACGAUCUUCUGGAGUCUUGCCCGUUCUUCCGGAACGAGACGGGCGGCGAGGGCGAACGCGAAGUCGGUCUGACUCGCUGCCCUAAUGUCAAUGGGGUUCACAGACCACCCUUGGCUUAUGGGAUUUCCGUUCUGGAACCGCCACCCGGUGAAACUCUUUGGAAACAUACCUGCCCCCUGCAGAAGCGUCCCCUGCCCAUCGAGAGCGUCGACGAAGGGGCGCAUUAUUACCGAAGAUACUUCCUCGGUCGAGAACAUCAAAAUUGGUUUGGAAUGGACGAACAGCUGGGGCCAGUGGCCAUCAGCAUCCGCAAGGACGCCAACCAGUAUCGGAUCAUCGUGCGCACCUCCGAACUGCUCACUCUACGGGGCACAGUGCCAGAGGAAGCUCUGGGCAUCAGGCCCCAGGGGAGACCACCGACCAGAGAGCUCCUGGAACUGGUCGCACCGGAAGUCCAGCUUGGUUGUCUCAGACUGGGAACUCCUACCGCAGAGGAACCCGUAGCUCGGCUGGAUGAACAGGGACUGUCAAAUAGGUACAAAGUCGGUGUGCUCUACUGCAGAACCGGACAACGUACCGAGGAGGAGAUGUAUAACAACCAGCACGCUGGUCCCGCUUUCCUGGAGUUCCUCGACACGAUCGGCCAAAGAAUAAGACUGCGAGGCUUCGAGGGCUAUAAGGCCGGCCUUGAUACCCAGACGGAUUCGACGGGGACCCACGCCGUCGCAGCGACUCAUCGGGGCGCCGAAGUCACCUUUCACGUCUCAACUAUGCUUCCUUUCACACCAAAUAACAGACAGCAGCUUCUCCGAAAGCGACAUAUUGGAAAUGACAUCGUCACGAUAGUCUUCCAGGAACCCGGAGCGUUGCCCUUCAGCCCUCGCAGGAUACGUUCGCAGUUUCAACACGUAUUUGUCAUCGUGAAGGCAACCAAUCCUUGCUCCGAGAACACACAGUACAGUAUAGCCGUCUCCAGGAGCAAAGAGGUUCCCAUAUUUGGUCCACCAGUUCCCCCAGGUGCUACGUUCCCAAAGGGAAAAGCCUUCGCGGAUUUCAUCCUGGCGAAAGUCAUCAAUGCGGAGAAUGCUGCCCACAGAUCCGAGAAGUUUGCCACCAUGGCUACCAGAACCAGACAGGAAUACCUAAAGGACCUAACGACCAACUACUCCUCCGCCACGGUUGUUGACACUGGUCAAAAAUUCUCGAUGCUAUCCUUCAGUAGUAAGAAGAAGGUACCAGUGCGUCCUAGACUUUCGUGCGAUGCGUCCCAACGCGGUGCAAUCUGCUGGCAAGUCAUCCUCGAAGACAGUAACCAGAACACGGACUGUUACUUGGGAAUAAGCGUAGACACGAUCGUCCUGAUCGAGGAACACUCUCGGCAGAUCGUUUUCGUGACGCCCUGCGUCAGCGUUCUCGGAUGGCAUGCUCAGACUAAUAGUCUGCGCCUUUAUCAUCAUCAAGGAGAAUGCAUCACUGUGCACGUGCGAGGGGACUACGGUGAACGGGACGAACUUAUGGAAAUCGUAGCUCGUCUGCGAGCUGUCACUCAAGGGUCACCAGCUUCGGAGCUCUCCCUCAAGAGGAACACUCUCGGGCAAUUGGGUUUUCAUGUGCAACCGGACGGAGUGGUCACACAGGUCGAGAGCAUGGGUCUCUCCUGGCAAGCCGGACUCAGGCAAGGCUCCCGGCUCGUUGAAAUAUGUAAAGUAGCCGUGUCUACCCUAAGUCACGAUCAGAUGGUAGACCUCUUAAAGACCAGUGCUCAGGUGACAGUCACUGUCAUCCCACCGACCAACGACGGCAGUCCCCGAAGAGGCUGUACCCUGCAGAAUUGUCAGUAUCUUUCAAGUAAUUACGAAGGGGAUUACGAAAACGUAACGAAUCCUGACAGCACCCCGACGCAACAAACCGCCAUGUCGCAUCAGAAGCGAUACGACCGCUCUUUCAGCCCUCCACGAUCGAGCAACAGUUCCGGCUACGGCACAGGUUCCAGCUCCACGUCCUUCAACGAUCCGCGAUUCCCUCUCGAAGGAACAAUGACAAGUAGCAGCAGCGGUCACAGCAGUACAGACGAUAGAUGGUAUGAACUCCUGGACCCACAGGAUCAGGAUCCCGCGCAUCGAACAGACGGUACUCCACCGCCCCUUCCUGCGCGUCAUAACUACCAAGCCGUAACGCCGAACAAGAGUGCAUCGAAUCAAAAAAAAGAAAAGGAAUCACAGUAUGCGAGUGGAAAACAGCUUUCUGAAAAUCCUAAACAUUCCUAUGGCCAUGAACAUUAUCUCAGGGAGAAUAACUAUGCAACUACGCGCGUCGCUGAGUCUGGUAGACAUGAAAAUUAUCAUAGGCUAGAGAACGUGCAUCACCGUGUUCAGGAUCAUCAUGGAUCCAACUAUGUGAAGCUGCAGAAGGAGAGGUACGAGAUCAAACAAGAGAAUCUCUACGCUUCGCAACGUGAUCUUCACAAGAGCGAAUCCCACAACCACCAGAAGCUCACUGCCUCGAAUUCAUUGCCGCUGGCUCAGAAUGCUGGCUACAGCCUUCCCAAGUCCGGUAGUAACAAUAACUUGAUGCGUUUCAACGAGUACGAGCAGACCAGUCAUGGGAAUUCCAAGUACGAGAUCUACGAGGAGAAGAACUGCUGCGAGAGGCCGCCGGUUUCUAAAUAUGAUCAGGACACGCGGCCAGGAGACAAGAAAACAAUCAGCUACGACUUCCCCGAAGAACAAUACGAGCGUCGCGGCAAAUAUGAAAGCGACAUGAUACGCAAUGAUAUCAAAUAUGAAAUGGAGAGUCAACCGGUGAUACGAAAAUUGGAGCAAACGGAGGGAAAUCGCGAAAACAUCCGUUUCGAAGUCUCGGCGCAUGAAUUUAAGGUCGGAGAGAAGGUUACCUGUCUGAAGGCGACCAUGAGCGAGAGACCAAUGCCUCACAAAGUGAGCAUCGAGUACAGGCCAAAGGACUUUGCCUCGUCCAGUCUUCCGCCUGAGAUGCGAAUGGCAAACGACGGGAACUCGACGGACAUCUCUACCCUACCGAGCGAAGAUGAGUUGUCGAAUGGCUCUGGUAACGUCUCCCCUAGAUUGCGACGAUCAAAUAGGCAUCGUGGUGGCAAUUUGACUCCAUCGAGCGGAGGAUCAAGGAAUCAGAGCCCCAGGCCUAAGCCAGGAGUUCGAAACUCCCAUAGAAAUUCGGCUAAUUUGACUUCCAGUACGCUUCAAGAGGAUCUCAUGAAGCUUAUUAAUCCAGAUUACAUAGCUGACGAGAAUCAGACGACUAACAAUAAUGUUACUAACGUGCUGACUAAUAAUCAAAAUUCUAAUAAAACAAAUAACAAUACGAUCGAGAUUCAGAAUAGAUGUCGCUCCAGAGAGAAUCUCUGCGGUAACAGCGCUACUACUCUGAGUGUUCUACCCACGAAUGGUCAAGAAAAUGGGAACAAUGGUUCUGAAGUUAUUCUCACGAUGGCCAGGCCAGCCACUGUCAUCUCCAAUGCCAGUACUGCCUCGAGUCCCGCACCUAGCGAGAAUAAAAUGUCCAAGGAAGAGAGAUUAUCUCCCCGCGUCACAAAACCUCCUCAUUCUACAUCGAAACCUGCAAGCAACCUGACGACGGUCAGAGAUUCAACGAAGCACCAAUCCGACGCAGAGAUUGACUGCUGGUCCAAUCACGUGGAUUCGAACGGUAGAUCAGCGACGAAGCAGCACGGGCAAGAUUGGUGCGACGAAAGACUCAUCGACGGGACCAACGCUAUAACGAAUACCGUGACCGACCUACAGACUCACGUAUCUACUCUAGAACUAAGGGUGGCUCGUGAGACUCGUCGACGACUCUCACUGGAGGAUGAAGUACGUCGUCUGCGAGAUGAGAAUCGUCGACUACAGGACGAGAGUCACGCGGCUGCUCAGCAGCUUCGACGAUUCACUGAGUGGUUUUUCCAAACGAUCGAUCAUCAAUAAGAAGUUUCACUCGCGUACCUUGAGCAUCCUUCAAGAUGGAGAAUCGCAGAAUCUCAAUGGUUGCUGAUCGCGAUACGAUAACGAUAAAUUUAAUGCCAAAUUUUCAAAUGAGAAAUAAAUCGUCGUCGGAUGAUCAUAUAACUUUCUUAGAAGAAAUCGCGCGAUUUUCAUCGUCGACGUGGAAAAUAGCCAGUAUUAGCGCGGCCAUUCCUCUCACCAAUUCAUCCAUAUAAGACAGGUCGAAGGUCAUCUUCAGUGAGCGGCAACCUUUGACCUUUUGUAUUAUAGCAAAACUAGGAGUAAGCGUAAAGUGUAAGUUACCAGCGUGCCGUACUCCAUUAAGGGUAACAUUCACGUGGACAUGGAGCCACGCGUGGCUUCGCUGAAGACGCCAUCGAAGACGCUUCACUCUGCGCCGUCACUGCGUAAUAUUCUACAUUAUAUUAAAGACAACCAAUUACCAAAUAUUACUGUUACACUGAGUUACGUUAGUCGACCUGUAAUUUAUUAUUCAUCUUUUCUAUAUUAUAAUCGUUUAACGCGUUAUCACUCGUUCUACUUCUGGAUGACUUAUCUAAUUUCAAGCAUUCAAUUAUGAUAUUAUUCAAUAUCAUCACACCACAAGCGAUUGCAAUAAUUUAUCUUUCGAAGGAACUUGUCGAAUAUUUUUUUCCUGUAAUCUUCCUUCGAUCACGUAAAGAUAAUGCAUCGCGACUCUGUUGUAAGUCAUCCAAUAAAAAAAGAUAUAUCAAUCAA